UGCACUAGAACUCUGUUUCUUGCUUUUGACAAAUAUCAAACAUAUAUCUAUCACUCACUUUAAGUUCCAAAAGUGUAUAUUACUUCAGCCACAGAAAAACAGACCUUAGAUUUACGAACGUAAUUUUUGGCGCCAUUUUAGUGCCUAACCUAAUAAAAAUGAUCGUGCCGAUUAAAAGAGACGGAAACAUAGAAACUUGGGCUAUUAUAGAUCUCCAAGGCGAUCUAAAAUUCGAAACAAUUGAUAAUUCAAAUGAUCAAUUAAUCGGCGAUCUUCACUUCACGAAAACUGGAGUACCUAUUUUAAUCAUCGGAAUUCACGUGUUACAUGGAAAAGAGGUAACACUUGACAAGCCACUACUUGUAUUGGAGAAACAUUGUGAUAUCAGAAAUGAGGUGGAAGAGGAAGCUAUGACAAAGACCCAGUACUUUGUGAAAGCUAUUGUGAGGAAGAAACUGUUGUUUAAGUCAAGACCGAAGCCUAUAGUAACCAAUGUACCUAAACCAUGUUAAGACAGGUUCAUAAUAUUAUUUACGCUUACA